AUGUCAGAUAACGUUAAAAUGGAGAUAGCUGAACUUUUGGAUCCGCCUUCGGAAGGUCCUAUACUUUUAUCGCCUGAAGAAGCAAUUUCCAGUGUUAUUAAAUCUGUCUCGGCAAAAGCGGGUCUAUCAAAAUGCAGUAUAUUUAAGUAUUUUACGGAAUACAACAAAGCACUGGAACUUAAAUGCCUUUCAAGUAACCACUUUCGGACGAACACUAUCCAAAUGCUUGUUCCAUCAACAGGUAAAGUGCCUUCGGAUAUCGCAGAUUCUAUCUUUUGCAGUACUACUCCUAAAAUAGAGCGCAUGAGUUUGCUAGAUCUUAUUCCCUGUGUUCCACUGGUGUUACGGUAUGAUCCCGAGGUGGCCUAUUGGGGUCAGCGAAAAUCAAAACUCAUUGAGCAUGUUUCUUAUUGUCCUCAUAAUCAACCUAAAACACCCUCACCUGAGCAGACGGAGUCAACUCAACGUUCUGGGAAAGUAGCCCGAGGAACAGAUCUUUCCUUCUCAUACGGCUUCCUAGCUUAUGGAAGCGCUAGCUGUGGCUGGCCACAUGAACAGACUACAUCUCAGUUUUCUUAUGACUUAUCAACCGGUUCCACUACCUCCCUCUCGAAUUUGAGGCAAAAAAAGUCUCGCCUUUUAACUGGACACAAGCAAGAAGAUAUGUCAUCUUUUUCAGAAGAUAAUGCUUACAUGGAGCCUAGGGACAUCGGUCCGUCUGCUAAAGAGCUUCUACAAUUAUAUAGACAUCAUUUGGUGGCCUACUAUCCGCCUGUGAAUUAUCAAAUUCAAAAAAUGAAAGGUUUAUUUUCCGGUGAAACUCUUCAGGCUUGGUUCCGAACCCAAGGA